AUGGUGGAACUACAGAUCAGCCUGAAGAACUACGAUCCCCAGAAGGACAAGCGUUUCUCUGGUACCGUCAGGUCUGGUCCCAGUCCUCUACUGUCUAACCCAACCUUCUCUCUGUCUGCUCCUUAACCCUAACACUGUUAGAAGAGUGAGAAUCCACCUCUGUAUGGCAAGUUGGCAACAAAUUGGCCACAUUCACAAUCACAGCCUGUCUCUCAAUAGUCUAACAUGUCAUCCUCUUUAACAAAAUGGAUCAAAACAGAAUAGCAAUGGCUUGUGAUGAAUCAGGAAUUUUCUUUCACCUGUCCAGUUCUGAAGGAAAGAAGACAAGUAGAGGAAAGGAGGCCAUUUUAGAGUAUUGAGAUGCACCCACAACCCCCAGGCGAAGUCCAGGUUGGGUAGGACAAUUCAUUGAAGAAUUAAUGUGUAAUCUAACUGAGCCUGUACCACUUCAGGGGCAAGCAAAGCAGCCGGACCCCUACCCUGGGUCUUAAAAUAUGAGGGUAGGCUGAGGGUGAAAUAUUCCAUGUCCCCAAGCCGACCAUGGUGCUAUGAAAUAUUGUACCAGUCGUUGAAGGUAGACCGUCUGACUGACUGUUUGGAAGCCAGCCAAGGUGGGUAAAGCUUAUAUGUUGAGUCUGUUGGAGGAGGCAGUGAGUCUGGUCCCAGAUCUGUUUGUGCCGUCUUGAGAACUCCCAAUAUGACACAAACAGAUCUGGGACCAGGCUAGAGGGAGGGUCAACUGCAGACGUUAUCCAGUGAGGGUCAAUGUUGUCUUUCUCUCUGUGUGUGUCUCUCUCUCUCCUCCCCCCUUCUUACCCCAGGCUGAAGACCCUGCCCAGGCCCAAGUUCUUGGGGGAGACCAGCAGCACUGUGAUGAGGCUAAGGCUGCAGACCUGCCCCACAUGGACAUUGAAGCCCUGAAGAAACUCAACAAGAACAAGAAGCUUGUCAAGAAACUCUGUAGGGAGUGUUUCAAUGUGCUUUGUGUUGUAUAUCAAAAUGAGUGUAACAUCAAUAUUGCUACAGAGAGAUGAGUGGUCAUGACAACGUGACAAUAUGACUUGAAUGUAUUGUCACAAAGUAGUUUCCCAAUACAUACAAACAUUGCCUAGACACGAGGGACAGUUGUUGCUGCAUAAUUGCAGAAGGAUGGGCAGCAUAUGAGAUGUAGUAGGAAACGGUGCAUACUCUGGCUUCUAGAAGAUUAUAGCUCCCUCUACAGAGUACAUACCACACAACACCACACCUUGUCGAAAGGUAUAUUGUGACUAACCUCUUUUCUGUGUAUGACGCAUUCCUGGCGUCCGAGUCUCUGAUCAAGCAGAUCCCUCGUAUCCCGGGUCCUGGCCUCAACAAGGCUGGCAAGUUCCCCUCGCUGCUCACACACAACGAGAACCUCAGCACCAAGGUGGACGAGGUCAAAUUUCACCAUCAAGUUUCAGAUGAAGAAGGUAAAUGGGCUUCACCAUCCUCAGUCAAUGGUUGUGUCCCGAUUCUCUGGUCUUAUCCCUGAAGCUCGAAUCACUUUCCCUAAUGGGUUUGAAGCAUUGAAUUGGCGUUAGCAUGGGCUAGAGGGAGUAGUCAACGUUUUCCUUCCACCAGUCCAUUCGUAAAUCAAGGAGUGGGUGAACAAGUACACAUUUCGGGGAGAAUGGUGGAGAAUCUCACUGAUUGAGAUUGACAACACUCUUCUUAUUGCAACACUUUUGGUUUUGUGCUAAACGUCCCUCCGUCCCUCCCUGUGUGUGUUCCAGGUACUGUGUCUGGCUGUGGCGGUGGGUCACAUAAAGAUGACAGAGGAGGAGCUGGUGUACAACAUCCACCUGGCCAUCAACUUCCUGGUCUCUCUGCUCAAGAAGAACUGGCAGAACGUACGUGCCCUCUACAUCAAGAGCACCAUGGGAAAACCUCAGCGCCUCUCCUAG